AUGGCUGAUAUCACCGACGCGGAGCACCACAUCGUUGCCGCUUCGUAUCACCUGAUGAAGGCCCUUCAAACAACCAAGCUCAUGAGCAGUGAUGUGAGGGGAAUUCUAGAAAAGCUCGACUUCCAUUUGUCUACUGUGGUCAAGAUCAAUGAGGAUGAGCCGGAUGGGGAUAGCAUCAGAGAGCUCGAAAAGAGUGUAGUCUCGUCCCACGAAACCAUCACGAGUCUGCACUUGAGCUACUCGAAGGUCUGGGCUUCCGGUCCCGAGGUAAUCUUGGAGUACUUGGAAGCAGUUGGCGAGGUGCAGAGAUCGAUUGAGGCUCUCGAAGGUAUGCCGUUGAGUCGGAUGAGUAAUGGGGUUCUUGAACAAGCAAAAACUACUCUGCAUAUGGCUAUGGAGAGGCUCCAAAAUGAGCUGAUCCACAUACUUGUGCAGAACAAGCAGUGUUUCGAGCAUGAAUACCCGGUUUUCGAAGUGUAUCCCAUAUACGAGGAGUCUGUCAUCUCCAACGAAGAUGAUUCGGUCGAGGACGCGUCUCUCAAGGGCCGUAGCAGCUCAGAGACCGAGGAUUGCGCGAUGGAUCUGAUCCACCCGGAUGUGGUUCCUCAAAUCAAGUCCAUCGCGGAUACAAUGUUUGCCGCAGGCUAUGCUCAGGAGUUCUGUCUGCCCUUCACCGCGUUCUGGAAGGAUGUAUUAGCGGAGUACUCGAUGAUUCUCUACGUGGAGCAGCUUAGCAUAGAAGACGUGAAGCGGAUGGAGUGGAAGCACUUGAACUCGAGGAUCAGGAAAUGGCGUGUGGCGAUGACGAGAAUCAUCGGCGUCUAUCUUGGCAGCGCGAAACGGCUGUUCGACCAAGUUUUAGGAGAAUACGACCAGGUCAGCAUAGCUUGUCUGAUCGAGGCUUCGAGGGGGCCUCUCUUCUGUCUCUUGAACUUUGGUCAAGCUGUGUUGAUUGGACCCCAUGAGCCCGAAUGGCUCUUCUGCUUGCUUGAUAUGUAUGAGGUUCUAGCUGAUCUCGUCCCGGAUUUGGACACUCUGUUCUCACAAGAGACAGAGUCGUUGAUCAGGAUCGACUUCCACGAGCUUCUGUCGCAGCUAGGAGAAUCUGUUAGAGUCAUCCUCAAAGAGCUCGGAAACCGCAUUGCAACAUGCACUUCCACAACCCCUUUCCAAAAUGGAGGGAUUCAUCCCCUAACAAAGUACGUUGCCAACUACAUCUUGUGCUUUGCUGAAUACGAGGAUACGCUUCCUUUGCUUCUUCAAGAUCAAGAACCCGUCAGGGAGAGUGGAGACGAAGAGCAGAACAUGGAUGGCGAGGCAGAUCCCAAUCCAGCUUGUGCCUUGGCAAUGUACCUGCAGUCACUCACAUCAAUUUUAGAAGCAGCCUUAGACGAGAAAUCGAGUUUAUACAGAGAUUCUUCAUUAAAGCAUAUCUUUUUGAUGAACAAUUUCCAUUACACAGUCGAGAAGAUCAAGAAUUCCAAAAUCAGCCCCUACUUUGGUGAUGAUUGGAUCAGAAAACACUAUGUGAAGCUCCGGCAGCAUGCAAUGUAUUACCAAAGAACGACUUGGAGUUCGUUACUAACCUUUCUCCAUGACGAUGGGAAAGUCGGGAAGGCAACUCUAAAGGCGAGAUGCCAACACUUCAACACUGCUUUUGAGGAUCUGUACAAGAGCCAGACAAGAUGGGUUGUCCCAGAUCCUCAACUCCGCGAAGAUGUGAGGAUAUUAGCUUCCAAGACGGUCAUCCAACCGUAUCGCAACUUUGUCCGCAAGAUCAGCGAUUCUAUUGGCGAAAAGCACAUCAAGUACACCGAACAGGAGCUGGGAGUGUACAUCAUGGAUCUUCUUGAAGGCUCAUCGAAGUCAUUGAGCCAUUCUCGGAAAAGGUGA